AUGGAUUCUCCUCAAAACUCCUCUGUGGUUGGUUUUUUCGAAAAAUUCAAUCAUCUUCUCCACAAUGGUCGUGAUGAUUUAUGGAGUGAAAAAGGAGACGACCAUCAUCAUCACAAUGACGAAGAGGAGUUCUCGUUUGUCAUGACCUUUCUAAGUGCGACGACGACACAACUAUCAUCCACAAGCACCACACAACAAGCACCACCACCUUUACUAUAUUCUCAUGAGAAGGAAAGAUCAUUGAAUCAUGAGCAUGUUCAACAAGAUUCCAUAAAGGAAAUGUGGGAUCACUCGAGUGGUAGUGUCACGUGUCAUUUUUUUGAGGAUGGAACAAUGUCAAAUAUUUUGACAACGGUGAGUGAUGUCACUCCAAGUGAUUUAUUGGUGAUGCAUGAUCAUGCAGUUUUGAGGAGUAGAAGUGGUACACGUCGACGAGAAGAUUUUGAAACAUCGAACCGUCCAAGUUUGGAAAAAUUAGAGUUACUUAAAUUGGGAACAUGUGAAAUUUUGAGAAUUUUUGAAUUUUUAAUUGGAGAUGUCUCUCGAGCAAAAAGUGAAAUGAAUUCACAAUUUUAUUGGAAUAUCAUUCAAAGUCAUUUACAUGGCCACGAAUCAGAACAUGAUGCAUUAUUGGCCUUAUUUAACCUUGUUCCUCCAAAAGAAAGCGUUCUUUCUUUGCGAUAUUUGUAUGAAUUGAAUAAGAAGAGAAAAAUUUUCCAUGUCACUAGUGGAGACGAAAAAACCAUUUUCGAAUUUUGGAAAAAUGUCUAUGUCCAUUUUGAAAAGAUUUUAUGCGUUUUUAGAAGUUUGAUGUUCACAAACAUGACUUUGGCGAUGGGAAGAAUUUCUUGGUAUGAAAGAGAACAAUUGGCAAACAUGCAACGAUUGAUUGUAGCGCAUGAAAUGGGAAUGGAUCAACCGUUGAAAGUUGGAGAAACUUUGGAACCGUUCGAUGAUCAAGUGGAAUUUAUUGACAGCCCAAACGAUGAAUAUUUCUCAUCACAAUAUUUAGAGAAGGAAUUUUUAACAAAGUUUAAGAGAUUAGAAUUGACUCCAUUCAAUGAACAAUUCAUCAUGCAAGGACAUGAGGAUGGAAUGUUUAAUUUGGCCAUUUUCAAAAUGCUUCAAUUAAGCUUGAAAAUGUUUCGAGAUUUUGAUUUGGAUGUCAAAGAUUUGGCGUUACCAAAUAAUUUCAGAAAUUCUCAUGUGAGAUUUGAAAUGGAUAUUUUUAAUACUAGAACAAGAAAACUUGGUUUUUGUAUGGAUUACAACUCGUCUUUUCAGUUUGAAGUAGAAAAAGAUGAACAGGAUGAAAUUAUUAAUAAUCUUUCCAAAUAUGUCAUUCUCGAUCUUCGAGACGUCACAAAUUUCUCCAAAUAUUUAGAUUUCAUACUUCCUUCUGAAAUUCAAUUUCUCAAUUUUUGCAGUUCCAUUCCUUACAAUUACGAUUUGGGAAAUGUCUCCUUUUCGAAUGUGAAAUAUCUCAGAAUUAACAUUGAGGGACAUCAUGAAUGCGAUGUUGGAGAUGAAAUUGCCGAUUAUGGAAAUCCAGUCUUUGUUGAAGAUACCACAAGUAUGUUUUUAAGAGAAAUGCUCUCCACCAAAAGAUUUCCAAAUUUAAUUCAUUUGGUGUUAAGAGGAGCUCAAAGUUUAUCCUUUCUCGAAGAAGAAUCAGGUUUCGAGGGACAAAGUGUUCUUUCACAGCUCUGGUUUUUAGAGUUAUUAAUCAAUGAUGACACAAAUGGAUUUUAUGGAAAUUCAAAUGGUGUGGAAACUCUACGAAAGAUCACUAAUCGAAUGUCUCAACUGAAACAACUCAUUCUUAAUGUCAAUUUAGAUGUCAGACGAUCCUCUGGAGUGGAUUAUGAAAAAUUGAAAGAAAUUUAUGGAAUUGGAAAUGGUAGAUUUACAGUCUCUGUUGGUCGUGUGAGCAUUGCUCGAUUUUGUAAAUAUGCUUUUGCUAAUGUCUAUCAAAAAACAAUGCAUUGA